GUCCAGCAUGCCACAAACCACCACGGCCACCACCACCCCAUCGGCGGUCAAGACAUUGAUCUGCCGUGUCUGCCAGAAGGGCUUUUCCAAGGCGGAACAUUUAAGGAGACACGAACGUUGCCAUACGGGAUCGAAGCCGUUCAUCUGUAAAGAAUGUCGGCGGCCCUUUGCCCGCCAGGAUGCUCUCACCCGGCAUGAAAAGCUGCACGUCCGCGCAGCUAAUGUUAAACAAGCUCAGGCGCAUCAAUCGCCGGUGCACCUUCCUCCGCAGACAGCAUCGCUAGAUGCUCUUCCUUGGGAUGCCAGUCGCGCCCCAGCACCAGCCGUAGUGUCUGCGCCUACACCUGGCCAGGGCUGGGAGACAUCCCAGCCUGAGCAGCACCCAGGUCUGCAGCAUGCAGCUUCCGAUCUCGAUUUUGCGCUCAUCUGGCCUGACUCGGAGAACUUAUUCCAAAGUAUCAUGUCAUCGGAUACAUCGGAACAGUGGCAGAUGCCAUUGGGGGCUCUUCCUUUUCCUCCUGUUGUACAGGAUGUCAAUGGAAUGAAUUUUGGCUCACCGAAUUCCUUCGACGACAGAGGCUCUUCAAUAGGCACUAUCCCCUCAGGUGGCAGCCACCAGGCUGUACGAGAUGUUACCGAGAUGGUGACGAGCUCUUCAUCUAGUGUCACAGCAGCAAUUAAGGCAACAUCGAUAACAUCGGUGUUCUUGGAUGAAUGUCUGCAUAUGUUCUUUGUGCGAUUUAUCCCUACAUUUCCUGUUCUACACCGAGCGACAUUCGUUUUCCGCGAGUGCACACAUCCUCUACUCCUUAAUGCCAUGGCCGUUGGAUCUUUAUACUUAGGGCCCAAAGCCUCUGUAGCCAAGGGCGAGGCUUUGUGGCGCCUGGCACAUACUGCCAUUGCUACAUCCUGGCAAUCAUUGAUUACACACCGUGGUCCAUAUGAUGCCUGUAAGGGCGUUCAGCUACUCAUCACAGCCCUCCUGGGGCAGAUAUACGGUGCCUUGUCCAAGAAUCGAGUUAUUCGUACGACAAGCCAGGUUUUUCGCCCGCUUGGCUUUCUCUGGGCGAGGCAUUGUGGGAUGCUGGACUGUGACCCGUUUCCGAUAGAGAAUGUGCCAUUUCCGAAUACGCCCAGCACGGAGAAAGAACAUAAAUGGAGGACGUGGGCAGCACGGGAAAUUCAGCAACGUGCGUUACUCGCGUACCAUAUUCUUGAUGGGCUUGUCGCCCAGAUGUCUGGUGAUAGUGCAUCGACCCGACAUGUUGCCAACCCCCUCAAUCUUCCAAGCAGCGAAGCUGCCUUUGAUGCCAGCAAUGUCGACGAAUGGAUAGCUAUCAUGCGCACUCAAAAGUUGGAACAGCCCUCUUACCGGCUAGUGUUUCGCUCUCUCUUCCCUCCUAUCGGUAGUUUUCGGCCGCUAGACUAUCAAUUCUCUGCCUUUGCACUGCGCGUUGUUCUAGAAGGAUUGCAAUCUCUCGUUUCGGACUCGGAUGAAAGUGAUCUUGCCGCUGUUGGCGUUCCUGGUCGCUCCGACGUCCGGAGAGCGCUGGCUCAAGUACACGAGACUAUUACCAUGAGCAUUCAUCUUUCUGCCCCGGAAAGGCUUGAAGUACUUCUGCGCUGGCAUACGAUAUGUCUUGAUACCAUGAUCAACUCUACAGUCCUCUGCAGACAUGUGUGUUCUCGAUACGAUAUUGCUCAACAUGUCUCAGGCGGUUCCCGGACAAUUAGACCAGGGUUUGACAUUGUCAAAUGGGUCAACACCGAAGAUGGCCGCCGUGCUCUACUUCAUGCUAUCGCAAUCCAAGAUAUUGUUGAACAGCUACCGAGAGGCCGGGCCCAUGUCAUUCAUAUGCCAAGCUCUCUUUUCUCGGCGACAACGAUAUACGUUGUCUUCUCGCUUGCUGGGGUGCUCAACAUACAUCUCCCACGGACUAUUGUCUGGCAAGACGCACUCCUUUCGCGUACUGAUCUGAACCUUGGUUGCGAUAACAUACGUCCCUCGACUGGCUCUGAAACCAGGCGAUUUGUCGAAGAGGGUCGGACCGAUUCCCCACCUGGCAUGGGGGCAGUGCGCAAUCUGAUGUACGAAAUGAAUUCGUUGCAAAAGCUUUUCCGCUGCCUGUUCUCCCAGUGGGGAAUCGCGCAUGACAUGGAGGAGAUCAUCGACCAGUGGAUCACUCUAUGCCACUAGUGGGUAUUGAUUUUGCACUUUGAGCGUGACUUGUUAUCAUCUUAGCAUAUGUGGCGUAGUGCCUUCCUGGUGAUCGUCGUGAUCCACGUCCCACAUCGGUGACAUCACAUUACUUUGUAUAUUUAAGCGUUGGCCCGAGGCCUGGUUCCAUAUAUAGACUAUAGAUUUGUGGGAAGUUUCUUU